GGGGGCGCGCGUGGAUGUGGGGGGGUGAGAGCGCGCGCGGCCGCCGUCGGGGGCGCGCCCGGGGGCUCCCCUUGUGUGUGCGUGUGUGUGCGCGGGGGUGUGCGCGGGGCCGGGGCCAUGGAGGAGCUGAGCAGCGUGGGAGAGCAGGUCUUCGCCGCCGAGUGCAUCCUCAGCAAGCGGCUCCGCAAGGGCAAGCUGGAGUACCUGGUCAAGUGGCGAGGCUGGUCCUCCAAACACAACAGCUGGGAGCCCGAAGAGAACAUCCUGGACCCCCGGCUGCUCCUGGCUUUCCAAAAGAAGGAACAUGAAAAAGAAGUGCAGAAUCGGAAGAGGGGCAAGCGGCCCCGGGGCAGGCCCAGGAAGCACGUGGAACCAGAAAUGCCUGCAAAAACUAAGUCAAGUAGCUCCUCUUCCUCCACAUCCUCCUCUUCCUCCUCCUCUGAUGAAGAGGAUGAAAGUGACCUGGAAGCAAAGAGAGGUCCCCGCAGCAGAGAGACACACCCGGUGCCACAGAAGAAAGCUCAGAUCCUGGUGGCGAAGCCUGACAUGAAAGACACUUCCAGGAAGAAGCGUGGGCGGAAACCUCUUCCCCCGGAGCAGAAAGCAGCUCGAAGGACUGUGAACCUGACAAAGGUGCUGAAAACAUCCCGGAAGGAGGUGGGGGGCAGUGCCAAGCUGGUGGGGAAGCUGCAGCCUCAGCACAGCACACAGGGCUCGGGCAUGGCCGUGCUGAAGGACCCACCAGGUGCCUUGGCUGGGCUCAGCUCAGGAGGGUCAUCAGCAGAAAACCUGCCCAACAUGAUGAAGAGCGGCUCGACGAGCCCCAGCCAGGCCAUCAGCUGGCAGAGCUCCAUCGUGCACUACAUGAACAGGAUGUCCCAAAGCCAGACUGCAUCUGAGAGCUCAGCUCUGGGCAGGCUGGCACUGAAGGCACAGGCGGCCAGUAAGAGCAGCUUAGGGCUGGACUUGAAAAUGAGGAGCCAGAAAGGCUCUGGGGAGCUGGGGCUCAGCAUGCAGGGACCCAAGACUGCAAAGGCUCCCGGCAGUGGUGCUGGAGGAGACCAGAAAUCAGGGUUUGCUGCAGGAGGCCAAAUGCUGCCCAACGGCAGCAAGACGCCAGCGAGCUCAUCUGGGGCCAGCGUCCAGGCAGCCUCCAGCCAGGAGCUGAACCUGCAGGCUCUGAACCUGCAGAGCGUCAAGAAUGGGCCGAGCGUGGCCGGCGGGAGCAGCCUCCCCCGGCACCUCUGCGGAGCCCUGGCCAAGGGCUCUGGCGGCGGCACGGCCAGCGGGGGUGCCGGCGGUGCCAAGGGCGGGGCGGCGGGCGCCGGGCUCACCAGUGCCGGUGCGCUGGCAGGGGGGGAUGGCAGCAAGAGCAAGAAGCAGCCGCACCGGGCAGGGGACAGGGACUUGGCCAAAGGUGGCUCAGCCGGCACACAGGAGGGACACGCGGAGAGCCGCAAGCCCUCUGCCCUGUCCGAAGUGAGCACGGGCGAGGACACCAGCUCGGAUUCGGACCGGGACUCGGCUUCCUUCCCGGGUGUGGGUCAGAACAUGUCUGUCUCCAUCCAGACCAGCCAGGACUGGAAACCCACGCGCAGCCUGAUCGAGCACGUCUUUGUCACCGAUGUCACCGCUAACCUGAUCACAGUGACGGUCAAGGAGUCCCCCACCAGCGUCGGGUUUUUCAACCUGCGGCAGUACUGAGCCCAGGAGUGUGAGAGAAGGGAGAGGGUCCUUCAGCCUCACCCUCGGCUUUGCCCAGCUCUUCCAUCAGGUUUUCUUUCUUCAAGUGAAUGUGGAGACCUCGUGAGACCUGCUGGGACUCGUAGCUGGAGAGGCUUGAGAAAGACGUGGUGAAACCUGCUCCAAACUGCCAGCGAGUCGUGGAUCCCCCCGGCUCCUCUCCAUCCUUUUCUGAAGCCGUGCCCUGUGUGGGGGUAGCCAAUGCCAUUCUCCAGGAGCCGGGACACUGGUGCUGCUGGGGGUGUCAGGCUGGCAAGUUUCGAGCCAGGCUUCACUGCACACAGGUCUCUUUGCUUUACAGCUUGAAACAGCAGAUGCCAAGGUCUGCAGCUCACUGACCACGGGGAGGUGUGGAGCUGCCAUGGGCCAGGCUUCCACCUGGGAGAGGACUAGGAGAUCCUCUUCUGUUCUCUGGGCUCCCCAUGGAUCUAUCUGUGAGCUGUGGGGAGACACAAGUCAAUCCAAAUGAGGCAGCUGCUGCUCCCAGCCCUUGGGGCUGUGGGGGGGUGGCUGCAUUUGGGGGUUUUUCAGGGUACACUCAGCCCAGCCACCCCCCUGGGCGAGGUCAUUUCCAAUGAUGGGAAACCCAUGACGUUUUCGUUGGGGUUUCCAGCUGGUAGGGAACUAUUGUUUACAUUUUUUAUUAAGGAAAAAUCUUUUUUUUUUUUUUUUAUGAGAGAGGGAAAUAACCCCAGUCUAGGAUAGGUUGAGUCCUGGAUGCCACUAACGGGAUGGGCAGCAGAGGUGCUUUUUUGGAGGGUGCCUCCUUUCUGCCCAGGGAGGAUCGAUCCUGCCUUGGGAGCCAGAGAGAUCCACUGGUUUCCCUGCAGUGACUUGACUUCCAGAGGAAAGUGAAUUUCUGAGUAGCCCAGGGAGCCUCUGUGCCACUGCUCUGCCUCAUCCCAGCAUCGCCAUUGUCUCUGUCUCCUGCUCAGCAGUUUCCAGGCACUCGUAGGCACCGAGCUGGGGAAUAUUUUUAAAGUCUUGCAGAACAUGCAAACCCUUCCAGCAGCAGGUAGGUCAGUGCUGGGGCUGCUGGGCACCUGCGAGGUUGAUGCUGUAAUUUGGGACAAGUGAGCCUUCCCCACCAUAGCCCAGCUGGACCUGCCUUGGCUGCUCCCUGGGUUAGAUUCACACUGAUCAUCCAUGGUUUUGUUCAGAUGGAAGGCUCGGAAGCUGGACAAGGACACCUGCACAGGUGGGGUGGAGCAGUGGGAAGGGGAAGGAGAGGACAGGGAGAAGGAUCAGGGCCAGGGGGUACCUUGGCCGUUGUUCUCUGAGGACCUGGAGCCCUCAGCAGCUGCUCGCCUUCCCUUUACUGUCCCAGCAGCUGGGAUGUUCCUUUUGGCUUGGAAUUGCACCCAAUAAUGGCUUUUUCACUGCAGUACUUUCCCUACUGCAGAUUUCUACAAGCCAAAAUUAGCAGCGGUUCAGGCAGAGUUUAGUAGCAUUCGAGGUCAUUUUAGUUCUGUUGGUGCUGAGUUCUUUUCUUGGAGGUGAUGAACAGCUGGUGGCUGCUCGCUGUCCUGCGUGGUUUGGAGGUCCCCCCAAAGGGAUGUCCCACCAGGGGGUCACCAGGAGACUGACCUGGCACCAGGACGGGCAUCUCCCUUUGCCACAGGCAGGGCCACUCACAGUGUCCUCACACAGGAGUGAUACAUGGACCAAACUGGGGGUACAGGUACUUCUGACCCCCACCCCUGACACAGCACCCCCCUCCCCAUCACAACUGCUGCCACUGCCUGGCAGUGGGGCCGUUCUCAGGUGGAGGAAACCCUGCCCGUGCUGCCUGCUGGUCAGGGAUGGCUGGACUGCUGUUCCCUGAGCAGCGGCUGCAGGCUCUGCCUGGGCAGAAAUGCUCCAGAAAUGCUCUCCCUCUGCUUUCAGAUUUAAUCCCCAGCUGUCCUGUGGGUUGUGGUUUGAGUUUUGUCUUGUGUAGCUGAGCAUGGUGUGAUGUGGGGUGGGUGGAGGCGGAUG